AUGCACAUGUUUGCCUUCAGCAGCUACUCCGAGCUCCUCGACGCGCAGGAGCUCGCGGAACAGCUCGUGAGCGAUGCGAUGGAUCCGAUCUACGAGGCCCUGGACCAGGAGGAUGAGGACGGAUGGGCAGCCCUGAGGAGCAUGAUAGUUUCGCGCGGAGUGUACGAGGAGGUCUGCAAGGAAGUGCUUCAGGACAUCGUCACGAUCUGCGCCGAGAGCGUCGAGGCUGACGAGGAAAGGAAGGCAAGUCAGCGGCGAGGCAGGGCAGGGAGACUCUCGGGUAUGCAAUCGGCCUCGAUGCGGAGGAGUUCGGAGAGGAACGAGAAGAAGAAGAGCACCGCGUCCAUCGACUACUCGCUGCGCCGGCUGAGGCCGAGGACAAGCGGCAAGUCAAGAUCCACCAAUGUGGACACAGUGCACGCUAAGGCCAUCGAUCACAGCAAGCGGAUGGACUACUACAACCAGUACAAGGCGACGAGAAGUCGGCCGUCGGCUGAGCAACAGGCUGCGGACGAGAAGACAGCGGUUCUUCGGAAGCUCUACGGCGGCAGGCAAGACAAGAAAUCCACUGACUUGAUUGAUUAUUAUCUCUGUAAUUUGAUCGUUCGUGUUCAGUUCGCUUCCAGUAUUGUACAAGUACGAGGACGGGCACAUGCAGCGCUUGCGACUUACUAUGAGCCCCGUGAAGACUUCGCAAGCAGCGCAGCAACGAAGAGACUCGCUCCCCAAGGUGCUGAGGAAUGA